AUGGACGUCCAUCGCUCGAGAUUCGUACCGUAUCCGGCAUCGGCAAUAUCAGCGCUCGCCUUCUCACGGUCCAAUGACAGCGGCUACGCAGGGCCUCUGCCGGCUCUAAGACUUGCUAUAGGUCGCGCAAACGGAGAUAUCGAGCUGUGGAACCCAUUGAGAGGCAUAUGGGCGCAUGAGACUACCUUCGUUGGCGACGGGAAAAGCAUUGAUGGCCUUGCCUGGACUCAAGAUCCAGACGAGGAUACUGCUGGAGACGAAGUAACUCCAGGCCAGCAACGAUUGUUCUCCAUUGCGGCGUCGCCUGAUGUCAUAGAAUGGGACCUUGCCACUGGUGACGUGAAGAGAAAGUCGACCGGUAACUUCAGUGAGGUGUGGUGCUUCGGCGUGCAGCCGAGGUGGAAACCGAGUAAGAACUUGGUGGAGACUGCCAGAGCGCAAGACAUCAUCGCCGGCUGCGCUGACGGUACCAUUGUUUUGCUAAGUACCGCCGAUAAUGACCUGCAAUUCAAACGUUUCCUGGCUCGAGUAAGCGGCAAGCGCUCGCGCUGCAUGUGCAUUGCAUACCAAAACCAAGACGUGGUUGUUGCAGGCUUUGCCGAUGGCGUCUUGAGGGUCUUCGACACUCGCAACGGAACGCAAAUACGGCAAAUGUAUCUGGGCACCAGCGUACCGGGUGCGCCGAAGACGGCAAUUGUCUGGCAGGUCCGAACACUGGCGAACGGUGACCUUGUCUCAUGUGACUCAAAUGGAGAAUUGCGCUUUUGGGACGGAAGGAACUUCGCUCUGCUGCAGCGACUGUCGGGACAUGAUUGUGACUGCUUAGACAUUACGACGAGUACGGACGGCAGGACAGUCUUCUCCAGCAGCCUGGAUGGCAAAGUCGCGAUGUUUAGACAGGCGGGCAGUGAUGGCGCUCGUCGAAGCUGGGGCAAAGUUGGGCAGCGUCGAGUGCAUCAAGGCGAGGCUAAGGUGCUGGCUUCUUUCGAUGCGAAAGCCGGACUAAGCGUUGUCGUGUCUGGAGGCCGAGACGUUGCACCCGUGCUUACACCGAUGAGAGAGUUUAGCAAGGAAAAUCAUCGAACGCUGCCUGGGCUGCCUCAAGAAUUGAGAGUUGCGAGCGCGCCGAGAGCGAGACUGUUGGUCAGCUGGUGGAACAAACAAAUUUACAUCUGGCGCAUUGCGCGGCAGGCUGGGGAAGGGAAUAUGACGGAACCGCAAAUACCUCGUAAGCUCGUCGCCAAGCUUGCGCUCGACGUAUCACACCGCAUCCGCCAUGUUUCCGUGUCGGCCAACGGUAAGCUGCUUGCGGUUGCCACCAGCUUCGAGAUUAAGGUCUUCCAGCUCCGCAAGCGACUUGGGGGUGACGCUUUGGCUGUGCGAAAAAUAGACAUCCCAACUGAGUUCGGAAUGCUCGGCGCACGUCUGCUUACAUUCUCGCCGGACAACAAGUGGUUGGCUGGUGUGACACCCGAACGCGAGGUGCACCUAGCCCGGUUUGCAGCGGACGAAGACGAACCCAAGCGAGUUGUGUGCCUGCCAGAGACUGUCGAGCUUGAGAGGCAGCACCGCAGGACGACACCUAGCGCAUUCAGGGACUAUGACCGGACCAUCACCAGGCUUGCAUUCUCGGGUGACAGUUCAGUAAUAGCAGCUGGAGAUGUAAGCGGUUGCCUGGACUGCUGGGUGUUAAACGGUCACGAAGACGUAACUGCACUCGCAGUCGACAAGGCGAAGCACGACUUGCAGAAGGCCACGUCAGAAGAUGGACGAAUGGUACUUGAUGACAGCUCGGGCGACGACGAUGAGGAUGGGAUAGUCAUUUUCUAUGGCCAGCAUUGGUCGACCGGCCCAUCCACACACAUGCUGCCCAAGCUGGAUACUGCGCCGCUAAUACUCACAUUCAGACCUCAGCCACAAAAGCCUGCUGCGAUUGUUAAUGGUAACCCUGGCGUUCAUGCCACACGCCAUGACCCGCAUGCUCAUUGGCACGGACUACCGCGUGGUCAGUAUCGCUUGUGGGUCUUAACAGCCCGGCAUCAGAUGUACGAGCUUGACGUGCUGGCCGGAAGACUGGACGAAUGGAGUAAGCGCAAUCCCACUGCUGCGUUGCCAGAAGAGUUUUGGCAGAUCAAAGACCGAGCGAUAGGUUUCGUCUGGGACGUGACGCGUGAACGCGAAAGGCUCUGGCUCUACGGUAGCAGCUGGGUGUUCAUGCUCAAUGUAGGCGGCGAUAUAGCGGACCUUAAUGAGCGGUCCUUGAAGAGAAAGCGCAGGAAGCCAAAGGGCGGCGACGAAAGCGAGGACGCCACGAAGCGGCCAAGGAUCAGCAGCGGUGCUGGCGACAGAACCGAACAGCAUCAGUCACUUGGAACACCUGACACUAUAAUACCGCACCGCAGAUAUUGGCUCACCUUCAACUACCGUCCGAUCUUGGGCAUCGUACCGUUGGAGGAUGAGGCGGAUACGGAUCCUGAAAAGCCAUUAGAAGUAGCGAUCGUGGAAAGGCCUCUGGGAGACCGUUGA